CACCAUUGCUCAUACAUAGCGCAACGUUGCGCUGUUGACAUUUAAUUGUAAUUGUAAAAUGGUUGCCGUUUUAUAAAGCGUUGCUUUCUAAAAAAUUAUUGUGCGUUCUUUGUAUUUUCACUCUUGACUAAUACAUGUCUCAAAAUAAGAUGGAACAAAACAGAUCCGAGUCAAAUAACGAAAGCGAGACGAUCGCUCCAUCGGAAAUAACCGCUGAUAAUAGUCACAUUACGACUCCCACAGUCCCAAGUAUUGUUUUUGUCCCCACGAGUUCUUCAAGCGAUGAUAUUCCGCCCCCCAAGGCUGAUUUUUAUGCACCGCCCCCUUAUGAAGUUGCCACUAAAACCACAAAAUUACCCACAUACGAAGAAGUACAGAGGGAAAAAAAUCUCGAAGAACAAAAUGUACCAAUAAACACAUUACCACCGACAAGACUCUCACAGUAUAGAGCACCUGGACAGAGGAUACUCACAAUUGAAAAUGAGUCAAAUGAAGAGGUUGACACCAGUUUAUUAGGGACGGACUUUAUGUUCUACAUUGCAUUUUUUGUUGCAUUCAUUUUCAACUGGAUUGGAUUUUUGUUAUUGAUGUGCUUUUGUCACACAAUUGCGUCAAGGUACGGCGCCUUAUCAGGAUUUGGCUUAUCCUUAGCGAAGUGGACGUUUAUUGUCCAACAUUCCACAGACUUAGCGUCGAAAGACAACAGCUGGCUGUGGUGGCUAAUAAUGACCUUUGGAUUAAUUAUUUGUAUACGUGCAAUUCUGCAGUAUUUAAGUAUAAAAAGGGGGUGGCACAUGCUGUCCGCAAGUCACCAGGAAAGACUUUUAUUUUUUUAUUAAGCUCUAGCAAUCAAAGAUUUAUAAAUGUGAUUAAUAAAAAGCUUAAUUAUUCUCCAAACAAGUUCAUUCCUUGUGAUUUUUUUACUGCACACAAUUAAAUGUACCAUAGUUGUAGCUAAUUGUUCAACGGAUAUCAAAUAAUGUCAAAGGUUUAAAAUUAUAGUGUGAUAUUCUUUACAUGUUUUAUUUAAUUUUAAUAAAUUGUGACUGUAAGUCGUAAACACCAA